CAGGAAGCUUGUAAGAUGUAUAUUACGAUGUCCUUAAGUAACAUACAUGGAUACACAAUACUAUAUAUGUUCAUAUAAAAAGGAGAUUAUGAUUUGAAUAAGAUCAUGCGUUACAACAAUGACAGAUAUAUUAUCAAGUGGGUUGCAGGAAACCUUUAUGGACUGUGACCGUGCACAAUAUGGAAUCUUACAAAACAAAAUUUUAGACCAUAACAAAAAACAUCUUGACAUCCAGUACUGCACACAGGAUCAGCGUGUAAAAGAGAGCGCUAUAAACGAUAAGACAGUAAAUAUCCUCGAUGAGAACGUUCCUAGAUAUACAACUCAAUCUGAACCACUUACACUGGAACUAUGUCAUGGUUUACAAUUAUCAAUUGAAAAAUGUAAAAAUGAAGAAGAGACCAUAACAACUGAUCCGCUACAUGAAGGUUGUAGCGGAUGUUUAAGAAAAGUUUAUGAUGUGUCUGAAGACUUCUUUUUAGGUUUUUGGUGGAAAUCUAUUAAAUCGUUCGAUCCUGAAGAAUAUCGUAACAUGUUCCGAGCACAUACUUUAGUAACAGCAGUACUUUGUAUUUCGUUUUUCUAUUAUGAUAUAGUGUCCGAUAUUCUGUUGGCUAUACAGUAUUACAAUGACGGUAAUUUUAGAGCUUUUAUAUUUACUACAGCGUUUAUUGCCCUUCCACUUUUUGUUGUUAACGUUAUGAAUAUAUAUCUUAUUAUAAACAGAAAACAUUGUUCGUGGGAGGAUUCCAAACAAUUCUUUAUAUCAACGGGAAAACAAAUUAAAAUAACACAAUGCAUUAAGGCAAACAAACAAACAAAAGAAAUUAACGCACAACGAAAGUUCAAGGUCAAAAAUGAAAAUAAUAAUGUCGAGGAGAACGAGUCGAGAGAAUCCGAUGAUGGCAAUGUUUCUGGACAAUUUGCAAAGACGUUAAGAUGUUUCGUUUCGUUUCCAUUACUCUCUGGUACCGUUGACCGAACAUUUACACAUAUUUAUCAUGGAAUAAAGAGCAGGUCAAAAUCCACAAAUGAUGAGAUGCGCAAAAUACAUUACAAAUACAGUUUGGAAAACAAUGCAGCCGAAACAAGAUUGAAAAUUAUUGAGGCUUUUAUGGAGGCCACCCCGCAGCUAAUGCUUCAGAUUUAUUUUACUCUGACAGCACCAGUUGAUGAAGAUAUAAGUACACAAAUGGUUCGUGCAGCAUCAAUCCUCGGAUCCUGGAUAAGUGUAACUGCUUCAGUUCUAGCUUAUACCAACGCUAUGUACAAUCUUACUGUAAACAAAGUGUCAGUGGUAUACAAAUUCUUACGAUUUGUCCAAACUGCAUCUGGAAUUGGAUUAAGAAUAGUGCUUAUUCCAAUAUUUACUGUAGAAUUCGGGUACUAUGUUAUCGUGAUUGUAUUAUCUCAUUGGUUGAUUAUGGUAGUCACUCUGAUGUACAGGGAAUGCACACGCAAAUCCACAAGGAUAAAAAGUCAAAGAAAAGCCGGUUUUCUUUCCAUUGUCAGCUACAGAAGUAUUAUUUUAAUUUUCACGUCUGCAACUACUGCCAAACGGCACCUAGAAGCCAUUAGAGGAGAAAUGAUGUAUAGUGUCCUGGUUUAUGUGGAAAAUUUAACCAUGUUUGUUCUUUGGAUAAGUACCACUUUGAUAACUGGACUCUAUUACAAUGUAAUCAUAAGAUUUAUAGCAACAUUGGAAGGUUUGAGAGUAGGAUCAUUUCUAAUAAGACACUUAUACAAAUGUAUGUGUGCAAAACGAAAACUGGAAACUGAUCUUUGAAAUCUUAAAUAACAUCUAAUUAGACACUUAUACAAAUGUAUGUGUGCAAAACGAAAACUGGAAACUGAUCUUUGAAAUCUUACAUAACAUAUAAUUUGACACUUAUACAAAUGUAUGUGUGCAAAACGAAAACUGGAAACUGAUCUUUGAAAUCUUACAUAACAUAUAAUUAGACACUUAUACAAAUGUAUGUGUGCAAAACGAAAACUGGAAACUGAUCUUUGAAAUCUUACAUAACAUCUAAUUAGACACUUAUACAAAUGUAUGUGUGCAAAACGAAAACUGGAAACUGAUCUUUGAAAUCUUACAUAACAUCUAAUUAGACA